UCUCUACCUCUACCUCACUCACUCCCUCACUCUCUCUCAACAUAAACAAACAUUUAAAAAUCCAAACAAGAGUUUAUUCUCACUUUUUGACAGCAGUGGUGGGGCGGCAGUGUGGGAGUGCGGGUUGGUGGGGGUGGUCCACUGUGACCGCAGGCCUCACGUGCUCUGCCUAACUUCGCGGCCUUCGUUCUGACCUGGGGUGGACCCAAGAAGUCAGGGAAACAUUCCUGGCCUUAACGGGGCGAUGACCACCUCCAUCUAUGCUCUGGUCAGUGAAAUCUGCGGACUUCUAAAAAGCACUAAUAAGCAUAUUUUUAAAGGCAGAGAAAAUUUCUCUGGCAGUGACCAGCUUCCUCCUUUCAUUCUUUUAUUUGGGAGAGAGAGUAAAACGCCCAGUGACUCAGAGGCUGCGAGAGGGCGGCUGUGGGGCCAGUCCAGCGCCAGGCUCGAGAGCAGCGGGAUGGAUCUCGUCAGGGGCAAGGUGCGCUGGAGCAGGACGGAGCCCAGGCGCGGAAGAGAAGCAGCUGACGGAGAGCAGGGACGGAUCCUGCUCACUGAGGCUCAGGCGCCCCGGAGACAGCAGCCCAAAGGCCACUCUUCGAAGCCGAGAAGGAAGAUUCCGGGGUUUCUGAGACGACUGCGCAGAAAUAAAGAACCCCAAAAUGUUUGUGAGAUGGAGACUUCCAAAGACUUCCAGCACUUGGUCCAGAAGGGGCAGUUCCUGGAAGCCUAUGAGAGCCUCUCGGUGCUGGCACAGGAAGGGCAGGACUGCGGCCCCCAGUUCGAAGCUCUUGCCCAGGGCAUGUGGCGGGUGGUGCAGCAGGCUCUGCAGGGCGCCGGGCACAGUCAGGAACUCGAGGCGGUGCUGGACACUGUGGAGGCCACGACCCUCCUGGAUGACGGCAAUGCGGCCUGGGGCGGGCAGCUGGGCAGGCUGCUGAGAAUGGACGCUGAGGCCCGAGUGCCCACCCUGAAGCCCGGGGACCAGCUGGGCCCCUUCCUGGAGAAGCUAGACAAGGCCGUGAGACAGGGCCUGGGGUCCCCACGGGCAAGCCAGUUGGGGACCCGCCUCUGGGAGACAUACAGGACCUGCUUCCAGGAGGUCCUCUGCAGCCGCCUCUGGGGGCUCACGACGGGGCCCUGUGGUGCCGACCUGAAGAGCUGCCUCCAGCUGUACACCUGGGGCAAGACGGCCUGCUUCCUGCGGCCGGGCAGGGAGACCCUUCUGAACGCACCUCCCGCCGCCCAGGAGCCCACGGCCGGGCACCUCUUGGACCCCAUCAUGAUGUUUGUGACCUGGAUGUCCCAAACGCAGGAGAAGCUGGUGGGGAUGAUCCAGGAAAAGGUGGAGGCGGCUCUGGAAAAAGUCCUGAUCUGCGAUCGGAAACAGUGGGCCCAAUUCUCCCGCCCAAAAACGUUCCUUGAGAUCUCUCAGCUGCUGGAAGCAAACACAAAAGCAGUACAGCACUUAGGACCCUCGAUCACCAGCCAGGUCCAAGCCGUGGUUCUGAAAACAUUUUCAACGUUUCUGAACAGGUACAAGGUAGAGGCUGUCGGCUUCCUGCAGCGGAACGCCACUGCCGGGGCCUUUCCCGAGGUGCACGUGCUGGAAAACUGCUGCAUCCUCAGGGAAACGUGGCAGAACCUGAGCCAGGCACAUGUUCCACCCGAAGACCUGGGCCCCGCUGUGCAGGGCGCCAUCCACUUCAUUGAGGACCACAGCCGGGACCACCUCGUGCCUAGAGUCAGAGCCCUGUGCCAGAGCCAGCUGAGGGCCCACUUCGGGAGUAAGGACAAGGAUCUGGUCCACGCUCUGCAGUCUCUGUGGCAGGGCCUGGAGGGCUGUCCCAGGCUGCACUCUAGUCCCUUGUAUGAGAGCAUUAUGCGAAGUUUGCACAUGGUGGUCUUUGGGGAGUACCUCCAGGCCCUGGCCACUCACCUCAGGACGCUGGAGCCCAGGAAGUGGGACAGCCUCAGGCUUCAGGUGGAGAUGGACAUCAAGAAGUUGGAUGACAUCUUCAGGAGGCAUGGGCAGGCAGGACCCCUGCAGCUCCGAGGACCUGGAGGUGGGAGUGAAGGGAAGACGCUGCUGCUGCUGCUGCUGCUGAUGCCCCAGCUCUGCACCAGAGUGCCCUUCCCAUCUGUCAAAGUUCUCCUUCCUCAAGUCUGCUGCUCACUUUCGUGUCCAAGAUGCACAUCACAGUCUUCCUUUGGUCAAGAGCUGUCUCGUCCGCUGAUUGGCAAGUGUCUUGAUGGCAGAGGACCGGCCACACGUGUCUUUGUCCCCCCAGGGCCAGGCGGAAGGCUGACUGGCCUGGAUGGAGGUGGAGAAGGAAUGCACGGGACAUUUACCCUGGAACCGCCCCCAAGCUAUGAUGCCGGCCAGGCCUUGUGGGAGGCCACGUGAAGGUGUCCCAGCCAGCGGCCCAACCAAGGACGCAGCCAACAGCUGGUGUGAACCCCGGACGUUCGGGUGAGGAGAGCUUCCAACCCCGGCAGCCCGGCCGCUGCCUGACGCAGUGCCAGGAUGUGGUGGUGUCUGCACGCUGGACACUCGCCUGGUGUCAGAAGAGCUCUGAGUAGGGGGACAGUUGUCCUGCAGUCACAAGAAAUGUCCUGGGCGGACGUUCGGUUACGGCCGCCUCCGGGAUAUGUGAAUAAAUCACAGCGGACAGGCCUCUGCUUACUCUAGAGUCGGAAGCAGUCGUUUCUCCUUUUCCUUUUUCUGUCCUCCUCCUCCUCAUUCUCCUUUCUGGAAAAUAAAAGGGCAGCUCCUGUG